UCUCUUCAACUUCUCACGCUCUCAGUCGCCAUCUUCCUUUUUCCUCUGCCCCAACAGUCACACACACGCAGAGACCAAAAUCAUAAUCGAAAACCCAAAAACCUCGCCGCUCUCAAAUCCCAAUCCAGACACCCCGAAAUUCCUCGCAAAAAUCUUGUUGUGUUGUAUUACUUGAAAGAUUCCCAUUGAUUUUCGAGUGAAUCUUCGCGAAUUCCUUGCCUAUUUUAGGGGACAAAAAUGGCAUCAUCCAAGCUCUGGGCAUCUUCGAGUUCGCGAAAUUCGGAUCUAUCUCGAGGUUCUUCUUCUUCUUCCUCUUCUGCUUCUCUUUUAAACCCUCAAUUUCUCUCCAAUAGUUCCAGGAAUAAUGACAACAACCGGACUCGCAAUCGAAGCCAUAGUCUUAGCUCGAUGAAUCUCGAUGGCUUAGUUCGUGAUGGGUAUGAUUCUAAUCCCACGGAGUCUAUUCUCUUAGAUGCGCAGAUCACUCUUGUUGAUUACCCUAUCCCCUCUACGUUUCCCAUGAAUGCGACUAAUUCCUCUGCCGUCAUUGAUAGUUAUCACAAUACUUCCUCCGGCGCGCCCAAGACUGUGGAUGAUGUGUGGAGGGAGAUUGUAUCGGGUGAGAGGAAGGAGUUGAAGGAGGAGGUUACUGAUGAGUUGAUAACCCUCGAGGAUUUUCUUGUGAAAACUGGAGCUGCGCCUGUCGAGGAUGUCAAAUUGCCGCAGACGGAGAGGCUGAGUGGAGGGAUUUUUUCGUUUGAUUCAAUUCCAGGCAGCUCGUUUCAGGCAGUGGAAAAGGUUGAAGGAUCCAUUGUGGGAUUUGGGAGUGGGGUUGAUUUGGUUGGCAGUGGAGGAAGUGUGGGGAGAGGGAAAAGAGGGCGAGCUGCCUUGGAGCCCUUGGAUAAGGCUGCUGAGCAAAGACAGAGGAGGAUGAUCAAGAAUAGGGAGUCUGCUGCAAGGUCUAGGGAAAGGAAGCAGGCUUAUCAAGUGGAGUUAGAGUCGUUAGUUGCAAAAUUAGAGGAGGAGAACGAGCGGCUUUUGAGAGAAAAGGCCGAGAGGAGUAAGGAAAGGCAUAAGCAGCUAAUGGAAAAGGUGAUUCCUGUGGUUGAAAAGCGACGACCCCCACGAGGGAUUCGGCGAGUGAAUUCCAUGAAAUGGUGAACUACUUAUCUUCCACGAGACGCAUUCAAUAGAGCAGAAGAGAUGGACAUAGGAUUAACGUCACUGAGACCAUAUUCUUUGCUGGUAAUCGCUGAGGUGUGGAGCACCAGUGAUCGCAAUCCAUCCAUCAAAGAAGAGAUUGACAGGGAAUGACAAAACUACAGCAGGAUACAUGAAAGAAGAUGUAAAGUUAGAUAUUUAGAACAAAGUGGAUUAGAGCAAAUAAAAGUAGAAACUUUGAGGUGCUCAACUUCCCGUCUCACAAUUUUUUAUGUAUGAGAGUAAAUAUAGGGAGUUGGGAAGAGUUGAUUAACUUGUUGAUAAGACUAGAAGUGUUCUAAAAAAGUCUCCCCUAUGUAUGAAGUAGUGUGCUAAACCAUAACUUAUGAAGACUACAUUUUAAUC